UCAAAGGAUCCACACUGGAGAGAAACCCUAUCUAUGUAACCAAUGUGGAAAGACUUUUAGACAGAAAUCCACUCUUUAUCUCCAUCAGAGAACACAUAUGGGUGAGAAAACUUAUGAUUGUAAUCAAUGUGGAAAGACUUUCACAACAAGGUCUACUCUUUAUUAUCAUCAGAGAAUACACACUGGAGAGAAAACUUAUGCUUGUAAUCAAUGUGGAAAGACGUUCACAAAAAAGUCCACUCUUGCUUUACAUCAGAAAAUCCACACUGGAGAGAAACCUUUUGAAUGUAAUCAGUGUGGAAAGGCUUUAGCUUAUAGGGCCCAUCUUAUUAACCAUCUGAGGAUCCAUACUAGAGAGAAACCUUAUAAAUGUAAUCAGUGUGGAAAGGCUUUCCGACAGAACUCUGGUCUUGCUGUACAUCAGAGAAUCCACACUGGAGAGAAACCUUAUGUAUGUAAUCAAUGUGGAAAGGCUUUCACCCAAAAUUCCAAUCUUUUGAUACAUCAGAGAAUCCACACUGGCGAGAAGCCUUAUGAAUGUAAUCUGUGUGGUAAAGUUUUCACCCAGAAUGCCAAUCUUUUAACACAUAAGAAAAUCCACAAUGGAGAGAAACCUUAUAAGUGUAAUCAAUGUGGAAAGACUUUCAGUGUGAAAUAUAGUCUCCAUGAACAUCACAGGAUUCAUACUGGAGAGAAACCUUAUAAAUGUAAUCAGUGUGGAAAGACUUUCACAAAAAGGUCCACUCUUGCUAGCCAUUUAAGAAUUCACACUAGAUAAAACUUUAUGAAUGCAGUCAAUGUGGAAAGACUUUCAGACAGAAGUCCACUCCUUAUUUACACCAGAGAAUCCACACUGAAUGAAAAAAUAUGAUUGUGAUCAAUGUGAAAAGUUUUUCACAAAAAAGUCUACUCUUCCUAGACAUCAGAGAAUCCACACUAGGAAAAAAAACUUUUUGAAUGUAAUCAAUGAAUAGACUUUCCAAAAAGAAAUUCAGUCUUUUUGUAUGUCAGAGAUGUCAUAUUGGCAAGAAAGCUUAGGAGUUUAAUCAGGUGGGUAAAGUCUUCAAGGAGCAAACAUCCCUUAUUUUCCCAUCAGAAAAUUGCUAGUAGAUAGAAAUUAUAUCACUGUAAUGAAUGAGGAAGGAGAUUCAAAUGGAGUACAGAGCUCAUUUAAUAGCAGAUCAUUCAUUCUACAGAGAUGGGUUAUAUGGAUUCAAUAGGGGAAGCCAUCUCUUACUUUCCAUCAAAGGAUUCCUAUUGGAAAGCCUUAUAAAUUUGCUCAAUGGGGAUAUAUAUUUCUCUGGUAGAUGGAGAUUACUAGAUAUCAAGGUAGAAAAAAGAAGGCCGAUAAAAGAAAUGCCUUUUUUCAAUGUCAAAGUCUUUAUGUAAAGUUCAUAAACUGGAGAGAAAUCAUGCUGGAGAUAAAACUUAUGGAUCUAAAUAAUGAGUAAUAGCCGCUUGUGGCAAUAUAGUCUUUGGUAGACAUCUCAGAUUUCAUACUGUUCAAAAAGUGCUAUAAAUACAAUAAAUUUUUCUUGGUAAUUCUGUUUGGCAUUCCUCUUUGAUGCUAUUCCAUCGCAUUUAUAUGCCACAAUUUCUUUGGCCUUUUACUAAUUGAUUGGUACUUCCUUUUUUCUCUCUGGUCUUUUGAUGACACAAAAUGUCAAUAAUUUCUACAUCACUGUUUCUGCAAUGAUCUUUCAUCAUCAAAGUGACACAGUGGAUAGUUUGCUGUCCCUGGAACCACAAGUCCAGAGUUCCAGUUCAGUUUUUAAUACUACCUAGCUGUGUGACCCUGGGCAAGUUCCUUAACCUAAUCCUGCCUAAUUUUCCACAUCUAUAGAAUGAGGAUAGUGAUAACUAUCUCUUAAAGUUAACAGGAAGAACAAAUGAGAAAAUAUUUGUAAAAGCUUUGCAAGUAUUAAAUUGCAAUGGAAAAUCUAGAUGGUAUAUAUUUCAUGGAUUCUAAAAGUCAUAGUAGAGUUAGUAAACUAAAAUAUGUGCACAAUUUUGUCACUUUUCUUUUUUUUCUCUUUCCUUCCUUUCCUUCCUUCCUUUCU